AUUUCAAAACAGUCUGAAAUAAAGUAAUCAUGAAAAGUUUGUUUGUUGCUUUGUUCCUCGUAGCGGUUGCAGUGCAGUAUGCACACACCGAGGACAAAUUCUCAAUGAUCGACUGUAAAGAUCAAUUCUCAAAGGCCAUCCUUAGCAUGAAAGGUUCUUCACGUUCAGACAAAGAAACUUUUAAUAAAUUCGAUAGCAACAUCCAAGAAAGUAUGCAGAAAUUCAUCACCAAUUCGAGCGCAAUAACAGCUACCGUUCAAAAGAAAAUCGAGCAAUUGUCAAAUGGUUUUAAAAUGGAUAUAGUUAAUAGGCUUCCAACCCCAACGCUUGCCAAAAAUGUUGCCCAAGAAUUUUGCGACUUGUGCAAAGACAUGAAAGCUUAGACGAGCGUAUAGCUGAUUGAUUUGCAUUUUGAAGUUUCUAUUUCACACAAUUUUAUUCAAAAAUAAACACAUUUUUGAAAUUCACAGCAAUUA